GUUGAGUUCAACUACUACUUGUAUCAGCUUACCAACUUAUACUUCUUAUACCUCACUGCUUAUACUUUUCAAACUUUAGUGCUUACACUGCUUAUAAACCGCUGCUUGUACAUCCAAUUAGUCGAGGAAGCUCAUUGAUCCUGCUUGGUUCUUGUUUGUUUCGUUGCAAUCGAUUAACUUUCAGUUGGUCAGUUAUCAAUUGAUCAUUUUAUCAAUUGAGUUUAUCAAUCGCAUUUAUCAAUUGAGUUUAUCGAUCGAGGAAGUGUCUAUUGUGUAUAAUGACUAUGCCUUCUCCGGAUUAUGCCACCACGUCCGAUAAGACAAAGAUCAGUAGAAUCUUGACCACCCCGAAGAAAGGGUAUAAGUUGGGUACUACUUCUGCUACUUGGAAUAAGUUAAAGUCGGCUACUGCUGUUACUACUACAACAAAGGAAUCCAACAAGUCGGAUGAUUCUGAUUCGGAUUCGAAUACACACGCUGACCCUUCGGCGGCUAUCCCACCAGCUGAAGAUGUUAAACGUGAUAAUAUCACCAUGAUUAAUCCAAAUGGGGACUUGGUCAUAGUGUAUCCUUAUGCUUUCAUAUUAGAAGUGUGGAGCUGGUCUCAACAAAAUUCUUGUAAAUCGAAACUGGAUGAUACCCUUUACUUAAAGUUUCAACACAAACUCUUAGAAGAUGAUGAAUUUGAUGAACAUCUGUACAUUGAGUCAAUUCUACUGGUUGGUAGUUCCUUGUCAAGUGACGGUACUUAUAUUUUGGUGGUGAAAGAAGGGAAUAAUCGUAAACUUUAUGUAGAGGUUAUUGCUGACGAGUAUUUCCAAUUGUAUAUUCCUGAUCAAAUGAAUGGUUCUCAAUUAACUAUUAAAUUGAGUGAACAAUUUUUCAUUGUAUCAAAUAUUCAAGGUUAUAUGAUGGUUUACAAAUUUGAGAUAACUGCAGAUGGUCGAUUUACUUCAUCUCGUGCUAAUUCCGAUUUUAAACUAGAUCAUUUAAAAUCAGUUUCAACCCAGCCUUUUUUAGCAGAAGAUCCAAAGCUAGAUAUAGAAGAUGGUAUGGUUUUAAUGAAAACUUCAUGUUUUGAUAAUAAACCCAUUUUUGAUCUUGUUGGUAGUUGGUUAGUAUAUUCUCCAACAACAACAGAAUAUAAUCAUAUGAAUAAUUUGAAAAAAAAUCAUAAUGAAUCAAGAAUGUUUACUCCGGUAAAGUUACCUCCACCUGGACCUUUGUUAAAUCGGGUUUUAUUAACUUUAUCAAAUACCGCAUUAGAUGGUUUAUUUAGAUUAAGUGAAAUGGGUUCAAAUAAAUUUCAAAAUUAUAUGAAUAAAAAUCGUCAAAAUUCUAAAAAAACUAAUAAACUGUCUUUAGAUAAGGAUUUUGUUAUUUCAAUGAAUUCUGUUGGUAAAGCAAUUGGUAAAAUAUUAUAUUCAACUGCUUCAAAUUUAAAUAAAAAAUCAACAAAAAAUAAUGAGUUAUGUAAAAUUGUUGAUUUAUCAAAUGGUAAUACAAUUUGUUUUUUCAAACCUCCUGGUGGUAUUUCAAAUUUAUCAUUAAGUCCUUAUGAUUUACAAUUGGUAAAUUCAAACUUACGAGGUGAUAAUUUUUAUCUUUGGGAUUUAUAUAAAUGUCCUAAUCAAAUUUCUUUAAUUGGUAAAUUUUUAAGAGGUAAAACAAGUGCCAUUAUCAAAGAUAUCUAUUGGUUUAUUAACACUACUAAAAAUAAUUUAAAUGGACAUAUGAUUACAAGUAAUAAUUCAGGCUUUGGGUGCAUUACUAAAAAAUCAGGUUCGAUUCAUUGGUAUAACAUAAAUUAUUUAUCCUGUGGUAAUUUAAAUAAUAAUUUACCAAAUAUUUUGGGUGCUUCUUCGAUUGAUCAAAGUAAAUUAUUCAACAAGUCAAAUUUCUCCGAUCUGUGGAUUUUAUCAUCUUUCAAAUCAAACAAAUUCAUAACUAUUCCAACUCUUGAAGAAUUUAAAUUUAAUCAGUUGGCAGUAAUCGAUAAUAAAGAUCAAUUAAGAUUGAUUUCUCCCUUGAAUGGUGCUUAUGGUUAUAAAUUCCAAUUACCUAAAAACCCAGUAAAUCCAAUAAUUUCAAAAGAUUUUAAAUUUUCUUGUGAAUCACCUAAUACUUCACAAUUAGAAAAUGAUAAAAAUAAUGUUAUACCACUAUCACAAACUGAAAUUGAAACUUGUGCACCCUAUUUGAAUUUAAUCAAUAAUCCUCUUAUUGAAUUUUCUACUUUUGACUUCAAAAAUGAUGUUAUUGAUUUUGAUAAUAAACAAAAAUCACAAAUGUCUGAUCAAGAAACUAAUGACUUACUAAAUCAAUUUAGUGAAGGUUUUGACAUAGAAGAUGACCAUACUACUCUUAAUGAUAAUGAUACUAAAGAUAAAGCAAACGAUAUAAUGACGGAAUGA